AUGUCUGUUCAAAAAGAGGAGCCAAACAUUUUGGACAAUCCAUUACAUGGUAUCUUCAUUCCCUCCGGUCUACUUUUGCUAGGAAUAGCUGUGACGACUUACCAAUCCGGUGAAAAAAGGCUUCUGCUUGUGAUUCCAUUGGCGUUGGCUUUCCUACUGCAUAGAGCGUACGGAGCACAUAAGCGUAGGGUCUCCAUAACGCCUGAUAAGUGGUCUGCUUUGGAAUUGGAAGACCAAACAGUCGUGUCGAAGAAUACUGCUAUUUACCGCUUCAAAUUGAAGACUUCAUUUGAGACCUUAGAUCUUCCCCCUGGACGUCAUCUGGCUGUCAAGAUACCUAUUGAUGGAGCUGAUGAGAUUAGAUUCUAUACGCCCAUUUCGCCAAGGUUUGCCCAAGGUUACUUUGAUCUUUUGGUUAAAUCUUAUGCCGAUGGUAAGGUUUCCAAGUAUUUCGCGGGCCUGAGGCAGGGCCAAACCGUUGAAUUUAGAGGUCCCGUUGGCACUUUCAAUUACGAGGCCAAUACCACUAAAGUUAUUGGAAUCGUUGCUGGUGGUUCCGGCAUUACUCCUAUCCUUCAGGUGUUGAAUGAGGUUAUAACUGUUCCGGAAGACCUAACCAAGAUAUCACUUAUCUAUGCCAAUGAGACUCCGAACGAUAUUCUCUUGAAGGAUGAACUAGAUGAAAUGGCAGAAAAGUAUCCAAAUUUCGAGGUUCACUAUACCGUGAGAAAGCCAAACGAUAAGUGGGAAGGUCCUAUUGGCCAGGUCACUGAAGAGAUGAUGCGUGCUUGCUUGCCAGGACCUGCUGAAGAUCACCGUCUGCUAAUCUGUGGUCCGGAGGGAAUGAACAAGGCUGUAACUCAGUAUGCAGUUAAUCUAGGCUGGAAAUUCUCUGGCCAGGACUGUAAAGGGGAUGACCAAGUUUUCGUCUUCUGA